AAAAUGAGUAGUUUCUUCAAAGAAGUGACUGAUCUUGAAUUACUUUAUAAUCCAAAAUCUGAAGAUUCUCUCAAAUUUGGAGUUUCUGCUUUACCUGGAUAUUUACCCAAUUCUUUAAUUUACACAAUAUUUUAUUUACUUGCUCUACCUCCAAAUAUUUGCCUUUUGUAUAUGGGGCUAAGAACUGAUUUAAUUACUUCGAGAGUUAAAUUUCCAACAUUAGGAAUGACUUUGGCUAAUCUUUUUGGCCUUGUUGGGUUUUUAACACUCAAUUUUGUUUAUUUAUAUGCUGUUAUAACAGAGACUCGUCUCUCUCUCUUUAUUUGUAGCUUUGUCAGAACUGUUUUAUACAAUACUUCUUAUGUUUGCUAUUUUUUAUUUCCUUUAUUAGCAGUCGACCAAUAUUUAUUUAUUUGUCAAAAUGUUGAAUUAAAAAUUAGUUGGUUAAAGAGAAUUGUGGGCAUUUGUUUUGCUAUACCUAUGGCUGUAGCUAUUUAUGAUUUAUUUUUACAAGAUGUUAUUUUAUAUGAUUAUAUGUUUAAAUAUAUUAGAAUGUCUUUAUAUACAAAUAUGUUUUUCUUUCUUGUAUUAGCCCCUAGUUUCUUUGCCUUUUCUUUUAUUUGCAAUAUUCUCGUCCUUCUCUCAAUUAUCCAAAGACAAUCAAAAACCUCUAGAAAACAAUGUGGACGUUCCCUAAAUCCCCGACAACUCCAACAACACAAAAGCAUAAUUUAUACUUACAUUUUACAAGCAUUUUUGCCUUUGGCACUUGCAACGCCUUAUUAUAUUGCUUGUCUAUGUUUAAUGUAUGACGUAGAUAUACCUUUAGUUUGGUUUAUUGUUGGAGAAGGAAUUAUUUCCUUACAUCCAUUAAGCAAUGCAUUAAUCACACUUAUUCUUUUGCGACCCUAUAGAGAGGCAUUUAAAAAAUUAAUUAGAAGAGGAUUUAAACAAAAAAGCCAUCCAAAUUGGCCCUCAAAAAUUCAAAGAUUAUUAUCAGCACCUCCAGAAAUUAAUACAGACACUGAAGGGGAAAAUAAUAACAAAAAACUUUUCUACAAAACAGCAAUUGUUACAAAUAAAGAUGGAGAAGAACCCUUUUGUGCUACCUACAAUAAUGUUACAGCUGUGUCUCUUUAGAUUUAAUUAUUUAAUUCAAUUUUUAUUUACCCCUUUAAAUGGAA